UUUUUAUCAACAUAUACUAUAAUAUUAUAGGAUUCAAAUUUAUACAGAUUUUGAAUAGGAAUUCAUAUAUGUAAAACCUACUAAUUCUCAAUGCGAUUAAAAUUAUCCUUGAAUGUUGCUUGCACAAUUGCUGAAGAGUGUGGUGGAUUUUGUCUUUCUGAUAAUUAUAUUAAUAACAUAACUCCUUUAAAGUGGCGUUGCUCUAAAGGCCAUGAGUAGAAUGCCUGUUUCUCUAGUGUAAAAAAUCAUAAUACUUGGUGUCCGUCCAUACUGUCGUAGUGUAGCUAAACAUACUCUUGAAAAUGCUAGAAGAAUUGCACAUAGUAGAAAUGGAAAAUGUCUCCGAAAAAUAUAUUAAUUGCAUGACAGCAUUAUUGUGGCGUUGUUCUAAAGGUCAUGAAUGGAAUGCACCACUUAGUAAUAUUAAAAAGCAAAUUCAUGGUGUCCCCAUUGUUCUGGACGAUAUGCUUGUGAUAUUGAUCAAGCCAAGCAAAUUGCAUUUAGCCGGAAUCUCUCUACCUCAUAUUUUAAUAACUAUUCAGAUUUAUUAUGGAAAUGUGUUAAAGGACAUAUAUGGCAUGCAACGCUUAAUGCUAUUAAAGAUCGAAAUACCUGGUGUCCAAUUUGUCGGAAUAAAUAUGAAAAUUUAUGUCGUGAAAUUGUUUCUAAAUAUUUGGGACCACCUUCAGGUAUUCCGACCAGAUUUCUUGAAAAUUCCUAAACAUCCUAAGGGAUUAGAACUUGAUAUAUAUUAUCCAGGACAUAAUUUUGCGAUUGAAGUACAAGAUCCUCAACAUGAAAAAUAUAUCGAAUUCUUCCAUAGAGAUCCCAAUAAUUUUAUCAAACAACAAGCACGAGAUCAACUCAAGAAAGAAUUAUGCGAAGAGAAUCAGAUUGCCCUUAGGUAUGUUUAGUAUUGCAAAGACCGUAUGUAGUUAUUCCAGGGCAUCUUCGUGAUUAGGUCUUAUUGAGUAAACUUAAAACUUUAAAUGCUGAUUUAUUUAAAUAACGCAAAGUAUUAUAUUUACUAUUUUUUUGAUUAUUACAUGAUUAUGCGUAAAGAUUACAUUUUAAGAUAAACCGAUUAAUCCAUCAUUUUGAACAAUAUACCUGUACAUUUAACCUAACUACACCUAUUUAAGUAACUUUUUUUGGUAAGUCCCGAAUAUAUUAUUGUAUUUGCAAUGACGGAGUACUUGUGCCACUUUGAUAAGUUUGACAAUUAUAGUUCUCGGCAAUUUUAC